UUUCAUGUUUCCUCGCACGUUCAUAUCCUCUGAAAUCCGGAGACGCACUGAAGGCAUCUUACGUGCAGUUACUCAAAAGGUUCAAUGGUAGAUGGGUCGUGUAUGCGUCUUUAGCUUUCAGGGUAUGAAACAACUAACUUUUGGGCUAACUUUUGUUCGACAGUAAGUAUUUUUGACAGUAUUUUCAUUUGACAAACACCAGCACUUACGCUUUAUCUGCUGCAUGUCACGUUUCUUGCACGGUUUGAAUCAAGUGUCGACCUGUCCUUGCAGAGUUAUAGACGGAUUUUAUAUGCCUGUUUCUAAAAAAGACUUUAGCAAAGGUGGUGGAUGUCUUUGUGGAGCACUAAACUGGGUCGGUUAGGUUAGUAAAGUUUAACAUUUAGCCGUAGCUCACUCUGUAUGCUAACUCAAACAGGUGCUGAAUGGUAAACAUCGGCUUUCAAAGAAACCCGUCACAGUCAGAGUAAUAAUAGCCUGUGUUUUUAAUGCAGUUUCUAUGUCAGACCUUCAGUAGAAACAUAGUAGAGUCAUAGAUAAAUACACUAAAGAACAGCCCAAAAUGGGAGCAGAUAGCCGGGAUUUAUGAAACUUGUUCAGCUGUCCGACUCCGAGUUCAGUCCAUGGUUCACUCUCUGGACACUGCAGUACCACCUUGGACCGCUAGAUGUCAGGAUUAAUGAACUCAUGAGUUGUUUCCUGAUGUAGCGCAGCAUGAACAAGAAGAGAUAGAUAACUUUUAACAAAUUAACUUUUCAAAGUGCUGCAAAGUGAGUCGAAAACAAGGACAAAUGCAACAUGAAAAUAAAACGAUAAAUUACAGUGAGAAAAUAAAACAAAAAUGGGUAAAAGUGUCACCUAUUGUGCAUAAGAUAGGGGGUGAAAAAAGUAGGCUAUAUGACUCCCCUCCUCAAGUAAAGGGACACUUAUUUUAGUGAGACUUAUAGGAGUAAAAUUACCUGUUUAUUAAUAUACAUAAGUUAAAGAAAUAGCCUACUUUUAAAUCAAUAGAUAGGAGGUUGAAUAUUUAGAUAUGACCCACACCUCAUAUAAAAGCAUAUAUCCCUCCAAAUUGUUGUUAUAUAACCAACAGCUGGCUAGGUAUGUAUGAGGUGAUUUUGUUAGCACUAAACCUGUCGAGGUCCAGCUUUGUACAGAAGCUGAUACAGAAGCUAUACAUUGAAUAUUGGACCGAGGCAGAGCCAUCACACUUAAAUAAUUCAGCCUGAAUGAGUACAGGUUUUCACAAUGAGAAAUAAUGCAGGAUAUGUGUAACAAAAUAAGCCAACUCUAAACUGUUUACUGUAGACUGAGAGUGGAGAUUUCACCACCGACCAAUAAGCUGUCGGUAACUCAGUAAAUUCAUUAAAUCACACAAUCUUUAUUAAUUCAUAGUUAUUAUAACGGUAGUGCUACACGAUAGUAGUACUAUAAUGGUAUUUGUAGAGGUAUUUGCAACUGUGGUUGGCUCUGACACAGCAGCAGUCAGGAAGCUUCAAACACUAGAACAUUGAAUUUUUAACCAAAGUCCUGGAAUAACAACAGGAAGACUUAAGGGACCUUCUAGCAAGGCAGCUUAACACAUUCACUUAAUAGCAAUCAUGAAAUAAAGUUUUACAAGUAGACUGUAGUGAUAUAAGCUUCACACUAACAUUUUGAAUAUGGGUAAUCUCUCUCCUCUAGUGGGGAGACACGAUACAACAAAGAAGGCCUCCUACAAGGUACAGAAUAGUCAACUAAAAUCAUUAUCUCUCUUUCUCUCUUCCUUCUGCUUUUUCUGUGUCUUAUUUUCAUCUUUCUUCCUGCAUACAGGCCAGGCCAUAGACUGUCCCCUGUCUGAAAUCGGGCUGCAGCAGGCUGAAGCAGCAGGCGGGUACCUGAAAGAUGUCAAGUUUAGCAAUGUGUUUGUCAGUGACAUGCUGCGGGCGAAACAGGUACAAUGUUUUUCCUUUAUAAUGAAUUGAAAUUCUGAUGUUUUUGGUUAUGAAAUGCUUCUUUGUGCUAUAUGAUUUUGAUGUUAUGGAGAAUAGAACUACACGGUGUGCCUCAGUUGACAUUUUCAGGUGUGUUCAUACAUUAUUUUAUCAUCUAACAUUUGCUCCUGCCACUAAGAUUUACAGAGUGAUAGAUGACAAUGAAGAGGUUCUAAAUCAUGAUUAUUCUCUACAUCAGUGUUUCUGUAUUUGAUCUAGAGCUUGUUUAUUGCUUCCCCCAGACCGCUGGCGCUAUCAUGAAACACAACAGCAGUUGCUCUGGUCUACAGAUGGUGUGUGAUCCUUUACUUAAAGAGAAAGUGAGUUUUGUUUCUUGUGUGUUAUACUGUAAAUUAAAUGCCGAAGAAUUUCACACAUAACUGAAAAAACAGAGUCAUCUAAUCACUGCCCUUUUUUUAGAGCUUUGGGAUUGCAGAGGGGGGACGUGUACAGGACUUAAGAGAGAUGGCCAAAGCAGCCGGUCAGUCCUUUGAGUUCUUCACCCCUCCUGAAGGGGAGACUCGGGAGCAGGUAAGGCUGAUGUUGUAGCUUGAUAGAGGAGUACCCCUCUGAAGUAUUGCUCCUCUGUUAUUUAUUUCUCUUACUGUCCCAUUUCCUAUACUCUUGGAUUAGAUUUUUCUGUCUGUGUCUUUGCUCCCUUUCUUGUCUUUGAUGAGUAAUGUUGAAUAUAGCGCACAUAAAUCGGAACACAAGUGAAAGCUUCAGUCAAGUUAUUACUUACAUUGAAUAACUGGAGGACUUGAUUUUAACAAUAAUUAAGUAUCAAACCUUGUUUAAAAAAAAAUCUCCAAACAUGUUUUAUUUUCACAAUGCAAGAGUGCAAUCUGGGUACUUUGGAAAAAGUCAUUUACAUUUUUAAAAUCACAUGCUACAGAUUUUGAGAUUUGCAGCUCUAAAAAAAAGAACAGUUAAAAGGGAUAAUCAACAAAAGAAUGAAAAUGGCACUUAAUGACUGAAAGUACAGACAAUCUGUUUGAUAGUAUUCAUCCAAAAUAGGACAAAUGUUUAGCUACAUACCUUCAACAGGCUUCCUCAGGUCAGACAACACAUUUUUAUAGGUCAUGAUGAAGUUUGUGCACUGUAAACAGAAAGAACGCUUAAAGGGAUACUUUUUUAUUAAAAAUGAUCUCAAACACAAGCUCAAGAUUUGACCACUGGUGCUCAUCCUUCUCUGCUGUAGCCAUCAUUACCACAUGAACUGCCUCAUCUGAGUGUCGUGUGUUCUACGUUUACAGUCAACCAUGGAGACAAACCACAGACAUCACUUUAACAGGCCGAACGCACAACUGCAUGAGAACUAUUCAGUUAAUUGUCUUCAGGAUCAGAGUUUAGAAAAGAAAGGAAGAAAAUCGAUCACGGAGUAAUGAGAGCAUUCAUAGAGAUCUGGUAGAGCCAAAAUCAUGAUUUGUGUUUCAAAUGUAGUGGAGUAAGAUCAGUAAGUCUUCCUGUUGAAUAAUCAAUAAUUACAGAUACUCAGAUUCUUUACUUAAAGGGAUAUUCUGGCGUAAAAUUAAUUUAGGGUCAAACCAUAGACUGUAUAUAGAAUGGACUCGCUGGGUGAAGCCACUCUGAGAACAGCACCCUCUGGUGACGGGCUGCAGUAUAGGUCAUAAAUCCCGCCUCCGCCAGCAAAGCUUAUGGGGCUCUGGAUAAACCAUUGAAAUUUAUUACACAGAAUACAAAUUUUUGAUGAGGUUGAGUUGUGUUUAAUCUCUUUGCCAAAGAAAUCAGGCAAAGCUAAAAAGAUGUUUGGUGGCUAGUACUAUGGCUGGGACCCUAUAUGUACUGUUGAUGAAGUUAGGUGCUGUUCUGAGCAUUAUUUGUGGCUAUAGAGUGGCUUUUUGGUUGAGGUUAAUGCAUGGAGACAUAGACCGCUGUGUAUUGCCAUAGUGCGGUCAUUACCAAAGUUGGUAUAACUAGAGAAGCAAGCGGUCUACAGCAUUCAUCUCUCCAGGGGGUGUCUAACUCAGUGUUACAGUGUGUUUGACCCUAACUUAAUUUUUCACCAGAAUAUCCCUUUAAGCAUGGAACUCAAACAGAUUUACCUCAGCACAGUCUAUCAUUGGCUGUACCUCAUAUUCGCUGUUCCCAGUCUUAUAAAAAAUAUGUCUUCAUACUUUAUUGAAUUUUAGCAUGGAAUUAUAGAGACCUGAAAUCUUGUAAAGAGCAGAUUUUAUGUAGCUUGUCAUAGUAAGUAAUUAAAACUACUAUAACGUCACCAGACCUGGUUCCUGUGGCUGUAAUUUGUUUUAGAACAUUAAUUCCAUCUACUGUUGAGGGCCUAAACCAGAUAAAAUGUGUGGUGUUCUGAACCAAAUGUAAGUUAGCCAGUAUCUCAUACCUUUGUGCUGCAGGUAUCUGUAAUGACCUUUGGAUAUAAUUAUAGCUGGAAUAUCCUGUUUCACCCUGAUGAUGCAGAAAACACCUUUUUGGUCACAAACUUUCUUUACACAGAUAUAAGCUAUAUCAGUGUCUCUUAAACAAAUAGUUUUUAAUUUAGAUUGGAUCUAAGCACGUCCUUCAGCUGUCAAACAACUACAGUGUUUGUCAACUGAUUAAAAAGUCACCAUUUAGUGUUAUUUGUCUUUGAAGCUGCGUGGGAGGACAGCAUGUGUGUGGGAAGGAAGGAAGGAUGUUCCAUUUCAAAGGUACCUUGUCCGGCUUCAUCCAUUAGAUCUUGGCUUGGACGUUAACUUUGGUCAACCUAGUACGUGAUCAGCACAUGAUGAUGAUGCUGCAAGUAAAAAAAUAGAUUUGACGUAAGCAUGAGGCGCCCCAAUCACUGUCUCCUUCAGCCCUCCCUCCCAGCUUGUCUAAAUGUGUUUCAGGUGCGUCAGGAUGAGUUGGCAUGGAUCAAGUUGUAACUGUUGUUUUUAAUAUACCGACCCUUAACAUUUAUCCUCCUCAGUUGCACGUAGCAGCUUUUCAAUGACAUGUGCUAUCAGAACAGGUCAAGUCAAGGGGAGCAUAACACAGCACAUAACAGCUUUUUGCUCUCUUUAGGUGAAGGAGCGGGUCAAAAGGUUUUUGGAGAAAAUGCUACAGCAAAUCGGGGCCGAGCACUGGGGUGACAGAGUGAAGGAUGAAGCCUCUUUAUCUGCUGUAGAAGAAGCUCCGGCUGUGGAGGGGAAAGCAGACGAUGGGGUCAGGAGUGUCCCCGUUCAUGCUUUGGUUGUCACCCACGGGGCUUACAUGUGUGUCGCAGUGCGCUACUUUGUAGAGGAGUUAAAUUGCUCAUUGCCCCCAGGCUCCAACAAAGCACACAUGUUCUCUAUAAGUCCUAACACAGGUCUGUGUCGGUUUUUACUAACCAUUAGGAAAGAAGACGAGAGAUUUGUGUUGUCAGAAAUCUGCUGUGUGUUUGUGCACAGAGGGGACCAUGUAAAACAGUAAGAGCUGGACAAAGAGGCUCUUUAGAAAUAAAGAGAAGUUGAAGAAGGAGCAGGAAUUCAUCACUAAAAGUUUACAACGUAGAUCAUAUUUAAACAUGGGGUCUGUAUUUAUUACUUACGUCACUCCACUCAUUUGCAGGGUUUUCACAAAAAUCUCAGUUCAGGGUUAGAAUUAUUGUGUGC